UGUGAUUGGCUGCCAGUGGACCAUGAUCAAGUGCUCACAGAACCCAGGGGAACAUACAUAAAAGCCUGUUCUGUGGGAGCGGUCAGCACAUCCUCCUUGAUCCUACAGUUUUCUCCACCAAUACCAGCUUAAGGGAGUCAUGAUCACACUGAAAUUUGGGACUCUUCUUCUUGCUUGUGUGCUGACUUUCUGUCAAAUGUACAUCUCACAGGCAGCACCAUCUAGAAGUCGUGAAGAUCCCAUGACAGAUGGCGUCACUCUAUCCAAUGAUGAUAUUCAGAAGUUACUAAGAGCUAUUAAAGAAUUUAUGCAGCUUGCUUUAGAUGAUGAUCACCAAACAGCUGAUGGAAACAGCAACACAACAGCGCAGAAGAGGGCAUGCAACACUGCCACCUGUGUCACCCACCGCUUGGCUGACUACUUGAGUCGAUCGGGAGGUCUGGGCUACCGCAACUUUGUUCCCACCGGCGUGGGUGCCCAAGCAUUUGGCAAACGGAGGCGACGCAGCCCUGAAUGAACACGCAAGAAUUUACAGUAUAUGGCUGGAAGAGACCAAGCUGCAUCAUUGUGCCUCCACUUCACACGUUAUGAACUGAUGUUUGAUUCUCACACCACUGCUGGUGUUUCUUGUUAGUCUGUAGUUAAGCACAAAGUUGUAAAUUAUACUCGUGUUGGGAAGAUAUUGAGCUUUGCAAGCAGAGAGGAUGGAAGAGCCUGUAGCUCAGCUGCCCUUUUGACCUGUGUCAGAAGUAUCAUGUUUCAUACUAGAAGUUUGACUGUGCAUCUGUAGCACUCAUGAAACCUGGAACAACUGUGGCUGUCUUGUGGCUUCAAGUAAAUCAUGUGAUCAGAUUUAAUCAUACUGCACGUUGCAAAUGCAGCGGUGAAACCUGUGUU